AUCGGUCGUGAACGAUUUUAGUCAAUCAUCAUGGCUCCGAAUUUCAGUAAAUUGGCAAAACAUCAAAGUGCAAUCGUUGGAGUAGCUGGAGUAUCGGCGGCAGUGUGGAUUAUUGCCUAUGGCAAGUUCUCCCAUCGGAAAAGAAAACCUCGGCCAGAAGAUCAAAUACAAUAUUUAAUCAAGGAGAACAAAGAGAAAAGACCACAGAAAGCCCAUGUGAAUGCAUUAUUUUUCAAACAGCUACGCGUUUUACUCAAAAUUUUAAUUCCUGGAGUAUGGAGCGUAGAAUCAGCACUUUUAGGUUUGGUAGCGUUGAGCUUGGUAGGCCGAUCAGUCAGCGAUAUUUGGAUGAUACAAAAUGCUACAGUUGUAGAAAGUACUAUUAUAACAAUGAACAGGGAAAAGUUCAAGGAAGCGCUCGUCAAGUAUCUAGCUGCUCUGCCUAUGAUAUCCGUCGUUACAAAUAUACUGAAAUGGAGUUUGGGUGAAUUGAAGCUACGAUUUAGAACAAAUUUAACGCAUCAUUUAUACAACCAGUACCUGAAAGGUUAUACAUAUUACAAAAUGUCCAAUUUAGACAACAGAAUAGCAAAUGCUGAUCAACUUCUAACUACAGACAUUGACAAGUUUUGUGACAGCGUUACUGAUUUGUAUUCAAACAUCAGUAAACCAGUCCUAGAUAUUUUCAUAUAUGUUUACCAAGUAACGGUAAAUCUCGGUGGUAAGACACCAACAAUCCUUAUGAUUUAUCUAUUAUGCGCAGGAGUGCUUCUCACACGUUUGAGACGCCCAACUGGACGUCUAACGGUUGAAGAGCAAAAACUUGAAGGAGAAUUCCGAUAUGUAAAUAGCCGUCUUAUAACGAACUCAGAAGAAGUUGCCUUCUAUCAGGGAAACAAUCGUGAAAAAUUAACACUGUUAGCCAGUUUCUCAAAAUUGAGAGGACAUUUAAGGAAGUUUUUGGAAUUCCGAGUUGGAAUGGGAAUCAUUGAUAAUAUUAUUGGAAAAUAUGUUGCGACAGUUGUUGGAUUCUAUGCGGUGUCAAUUCCAUUCUUCACAAAAAAUCAUCGGGUAUUGUCUGGUGACAGUGGAGAAAGAUUGAAGUCAUACUAUACGUUUGGACGGAUGUUAGUAAAAUUAGCUGAGGCCAUUGGUAGAUUGGUAUUAGCAGGCCGUGAACUUUCUCGAUUAGCAGGCUUCACGGCGAGAAUGUCAGAGUUGAUGCACGUGUUGAGCGAAUUGAACAAAGGCAACUAUGAAAGAACGAUGGUUAACAAUGUUAGCAAUGGAGAAGUAGAUUUUGGACCAAAUAAAGGACUUGUUGCAUUCCAAGAUAACAUCAUUAAGUUCGAAAAAGUUCCACUUGUUACCCCGAACGGUGAUGUUCUAGUGAAGGAGUUAUCAUUUGAAGUGAGCUCAGGAAUGAACGUUUUAGUUUGUGGUCCAAAUGGCUGUGGUAAAUCUAGCUUAUUUAGAAUAUUGGGAGAAUUGUGGCCCUCAUGGGGAGGUAAAGUUACCAAACCGCCACGCGGAAAACUAUUCUACAUUCCACAGAGGCCAUACAUGACAUUGGGAACGUUAAGAGACCAGAUAAUUUACCCUCAUACACGCGAUGAAAUGAUUCGUCGCGGCAAGAGCGACGCCGAUUUGUUAAAAUAUCUAGAGGUCGUCCAACUUACCUACCUACAACUGCGUGAUAAUGGCUUAAAUGCAAUUGAAGAUUGGAUUGAUGUUCUCUCCGGGGGUGAGAAGCAGAGAAUCGCAAUGGCGCGCCUUUUCUAUCACAGUCCACAAUUUGCCAUACUUGACGAAUGCACAAGUGCAGUAUCCGUUGAUGUGGAGGGAACAAUGUAUCAAUAUUGCCGUGAAGCAGGAAUUGCAUUAUUCACAGUUUCACACCGAAAAUCACUUUGGAAGCAUCAUGAAUAUUAUCUACAAUUCGAUGGACGUGGUGGCUACGAAUUUGGACCGAUCGACGGUUCGAAAGAACAGUUUGGAUCGUAAAACUAGUGAAGUCAGUAGAUUAUUAUUUUUAAAAUGGCAAACACAUUUAAUAAUUUAAAUUAAAAUAAACAGUUUUAUUAGUUGAAUGAGUAUCAUGUGAAUUGUAGUGCGUAAGAGCAAUCAAUCAAUCACUUUUUAUUGAACGAUUAUCAUUUCAUGAUAUGGUGCUGGAUUUUGUAGUGAAAGCUGAUAAGAGACAAGGUUAUUCAGAUCCUUGGUACUUCUUUUGUAUUAAAAAAAAUCAUUAAAAUUGUGAACAUAGAAUCCGAUGUGUAAUUUGGUUUUAAGCACAGAAGAAACUUUACGUAAUGUAUUUUCUUCUGUCGUUUUCAUGUACGUGAUUUCAAUAUAUUAUAAUUUAGACUUAAUUUUUGUUGUGAACAAAUUUUCAUGAAAAUACACUUGAAUAAAAUUAA